UCAUAUAUUUUAUGUAUACGCUGUGUUGCGAUAGACCGUGACUUCUACACGCCACGUGCCGGCAUUAGGACAAACUCGCCAACACGUAUCAUCUUCUCAUGCAUGAAAAGAGAAAAAAAAUGUUCUAAUUGGGUUUCCCUCAGAUUGUGUCAUCUGAAUCUGAAAACCCGUAACCAGAAAAUCAUCUCCUCUUUACCACCAACAAUGGAAGACGACGAGCAAGAAGACAUUUAUCGCACCAUCCCGCAACCUCUCCGAGCCGAUUGGUUCGUCGACUUCGUCAUCUCCUUCCACGCCGAUCUCAUCUACAACGCCCUCCUCGUGCUGACUUCUAUGCAUCGCUCCUACCGCCGCGCCGCUGCGGCAGUCACGGCUGCAGAGACGGCGGUGAAGACGGCGCCGUCGAGGGCCACGCGGGUUGUGGCGCGUGCGGUGAGGAGGACGUGGUUCGGGGUUCUGGGCGCGUGCCACGUGUCCAUGGUGCUGGUGCUGAUGAUGGCCAUGGCGGCGGUGGCCGGAGUUGGGCUGGUGAAUAUGUACGUGGAAGAGCCUGUGGCUGUGAGAGAGAGGCUGUUCUUCGAUUACACUGAAGUGAACCCAAGUGCUCUGUUCUGGUUCGAGACAAGGAAGAAGCCAGUUGGUGGUGUUCCAGUGGGGCAUAUGAUUCAUGUCUCCUUGCUGCUUCUCAUGCCUGAAUCCGAUUUCAACAGAGACAUCGGACUCUUUCAGUUGAAAACAGAGCUUUUGUCAUCAAAAGGGGAAACGAUCUCGAAAUCGAGCCAACCGUGCAUGUUAACGUUCAGGAGCCGUCCGAUAAGAUUGGCAAGGACAUUUGCAAUGAGCGUACCUCUCGUGGCCGGGGUGACAACCGAGAGCCAGAAGAUGAAAGUCGAUGCCUUGAAGCACAAGGAAAAGAGCCCUAGGACAAAAGCUGUGAGAGUGACUCUACUUCCAAGGGCUCGAACCCUGUCAUUGCCUCAGUUGUACGAAGCAGAAAUCGUGAUAAACUCGAGACCACCAUGGAUGAAACGGUUGGUUUACAGUUGGAAGUGGACGUUAUGCGUGUGGACAUCGCUGUUCAUCUACUUCGCCCUUCUUGUAGCUCUUCUCUGUUGUUGCAGACAGCUUCUGUUUCCUUCAAGAACAUCACUAGAACUUAGACAUAACAUGGAAGGGAUCACAAAGGAGCAGGAGAGAAUGGAAGGAACGAGUGAGGCAAGAGAAGAGGUUAUGAGGAGAUGGAGAGAAAGAAAAAGAAGAAAAGGUAGCAUCUCUACAUAAGUUCCCUCAUGACACAAAUCAUUUUUUUUUUUUUGCAUUUCACUUUCAUGUUAUUUGCCAUAUGUAAGUCUCCGAGGUUGUCGGCCAACUGAAAUUUUUUCUCUGUAAAAAACCUACCCGAGUUGACAAAUCCUUGGACAUGCAAAAAGAUCUGUCACAACAAAUGUCAACAUGUCUCAGCAACUGUGGUUAAACACCAACAAGAACCUUGAUUCUCUUGCAGCUUCCGCUAGUUUAUUCUCAACUGUGGUCAAUGGCGGCGGCGGCGGCUGCUGCUCUGCUUCUACAGUA